AUGUACGGUCAUUUAGAAUUAACUGCUCUCCCUUUUGCCAUAUGUCCUUCUUUCGGUCGAGUAAGACGGUACCAUGGUGGAAUAAGGGCAACUGGACCAAAUGGAAUGCAUCCAAGACAACCGGGAUUUGGACAAGGUGGAAUGCGACCAGGACAACCAGGAUUUGAACAUGGUCGAUUUCCACCUGGAAUGAGUGGCCCAAGAGAGAUGCAGCUCAAAGGAGGAGAACGAAAAUCGAGUCGUACUUAA